AUGCUUUCUCGCAUUCAGGUGGACACCGUCGUUCAAGCAGGCGCGGGCAAAGAAGCAGGCCUUCCAGACCAACUAUACACGGAACAAAACGCGCAAAUAGCCAAGAGCCGUGAAGAGCUCUUUGAUUCCGCCGACAUUGUAAUGCAGGUGCACGGCCCCGGCGCCAACGCUGAAGCUGGAAAGAGCGAUGUAGCGCUACUGAAACCGGGGCAGGUCCUCAUUGCGUUGCUGGACCCUCUCAAUGCUGUUGAAUCAACGCGAGAGUUAGCCGAAACGGGUGUUACCGCAUUCGCACAGGAGAUGGUGCCCAGAAUCAGCCGCGCCCAAUCCAUGGAUGCCUUAACCUCCCAAGCUACCAUCGUUGGGGUCUUUGUGGUUGGGGCCGGUGUAGCCGGGCUGCAAGCUAUUGCCACCGCUCACCGUCUAGGAGCAGUGGUCCAGGGUUACGAUAUUAGACCCGCCGUGAAGGACCAAGUGGAGAGCUUGGGCGCAAAAUUCGUGCAGCUUGAACUGGAUACGGGAGAAGCCGAGGCCACGGGAGGAUAUGCCCAGGCUAUGGGAGAGGAGUUCUACAAACGCCAGCGCGAGUUAUUGUCGAACGUGGUGGCCGAUAGCGAUGUUGUCAUUACCACUGCCGCCGUUCCCGGAAGGAAGGCGCCUAUCUUGAUAACGGAAGAGAUGGUCAAAGCCAUGAAUCCGGGCUCCGUGAUAGUAGACGUGGCUGCUGAAGGCGGAGGCAAUUGCGAACUGACCAAGCCCGCCGAAACGGUAGAACAGUACAACGUAACAAUUAUGGGACCAACAAACCUGGCAUCCUCUAUUCCGCUGCACGCCAGCCAGAUGUACGCCAGGAAUCAGCUUUCCUUCCUCCGCAAUAUAGUCAAGGAUGGCGAUUUGAAUCUGGAUAUGUCCGACCAAAUCACAAGAGACAGCUUACUCACCCAUAACGGCGAGGUGGUGAACAAUCGUGUGCGGGAAAUGCUGGGCAUGUCUCCACUCGACGACGAAGCAAUGAAGGAAGGGAGCGAGUCCUGA